AGGGGUUGCUGGGAGGGAGCCAGUGUGGACAGAGCAGGCUUUGUUCCACUGGCAAGGCCAGGCCAGGAGGGUGGAUGUGUGGUGCCUGCAGCAGUGUGAGGUAUCAGGUCCUUACCUAGCCCCUGGGCCCUAGCUCUGCUAUUCCCUGGAAUCCCUGGUCCUCUCUGAGUUUCAGUCACCAUUGAUUUCUAAGAGGCCCCUGGCUCCCAAACCCUGAGAUUCUCUUGAGUUUGGACAAGUGUGAUUAAAGACUGAAAGCUGUUCAGAGUCGAUCACCAAAGUGAUAGCUCUUGCCACCCUGACUCCAAAUCAGGGUUCAAAUCCAGAUACAGGGCAAGAUGGAGCGAACUUGCAGAUGCCUCUGGCUGGGAGGAUUUGAUUUCUGUGGGUAAUAGUAGCACCUGAGAGGGCAGCAGAUGUGGUUAGAGCCGUCUGAGACAGGUAUCUCUCAACAGGGCCUGGGUGUCACAUGGGGAGAACUUUUGGAACUGUUAAGGUCAUAGUUUACUGUUGUUCUCGUGGUCCAUCAGCAAACUUGCCUCAGAAUCAGUGUGAACUUGGCGCUGUGAGCCCAACUGAAUAACUCAUGCCUUUGUCCCUGCAGGACUUUCCAGUGUGUCUCUCCAGUGGGGAAAUGGGUGUGCUCGAGGCUCCAGGCAGGCUCAGUUUUAAGCCCUUUUCCUCAUGCCUGUCUGUUCUGUAAUCUGGUCGAUGAGUAGAUUUGUUUUAUCUGCAGUUCAGGGGAUGAAUCUUGACUGAAAUACCCUUCUCUCCUGCCUUUUUUGGUGACCGCUAGUCUGUCUUUCCCUUCAUUCUGAGGGGAAAGGUCUGGUUUCAGGGUGAGAAAUAUUAAUACUGCUGUACAGAUGGGAAAGCCAAGACUCAGAGACAUAAAGAAAACUGAAGGUCGCACAGAUCCAUGUGUUCUGGGUCCAGGGAUGGCAUUAGUGAUCUUGCAAUGAGUGGGUUUUUGUCCCUUUUGCUGGUCUGUAAGCCCUGUGAGGUCAAACCCCUGUUGUCCUGAGUCCUACCUAUAUUCCUAAAUAGCCUGGCCCCAGACUUUGUAUUUUAUAGAAAUUUAAUAAAUGCUUUUGUUAAAUGUUAAAGUUUUGAGACUCCUGAAGCUUAUAGAAGGGAUAGGACAUGACCAAUGAUGGGAGCAACCUGGGGCAGCAGGGGUUAAGAACCAGCACAACUGACUGUCCUUUGGAACUUGUUACCUGUCUCCAGGUCAUCCUUCUGGAAUGUGGUAAACAUGUAUAUCCUUGGGUUCCCAUCUGGAGGACUUCAUCUGGAGUACAGCCUCGGGGAGAGAUAGCCCGAAACUGUAUCUGUUAGUCCUGGUCUUGCUGGGCAUGUCCCCUAAGGGGCUGCUCAUCCUCUCUCUCCAUAACUUUCCAAUAUCGUGCAGCUUAGCAAGUGACUUUUUUUAUCCUCUACUAUAAGAGAGGGUUAUGCUUCUGGCCUCAUUUGUGAACCGUGAGGAUCAGAUAAGAGAUGGUAUGUCAAACACUAGUAUAUAAAGUGGCAACUGGCUCUGUCACUGUGGACUCUGCAAAUGCCCAGCUGUGGGCAACAAACCUGACACGGAGUAAUGACCUUAGGAGCAUUCCACCAGCCUUGUUAUGGGAGCCAGUGGUGCCUUCAGCUACACUCCUGCCCCCUUGCAUCAGCUGUUAUGACUCUGGCCCGAGUUCCAGGUGUGUGGGGAAGACUUCUCUGCCCCCCACCAUGCUGUGGACCCUGCUGCUGCUCCCGCUGCUCUUGCUGGCCGUGAGUGGAAUGCAGAUGACCCAGCCAUGCUUCCCUGGUUGCCAGUGUGAGGUGGAGACCUUUGGCCUCUUUGACAGUUUCAGCCUGACCCGAGUGGACUGCAGUGGCCUGGGCCCCCACAUUGUGCCUGUGCCCAUCCCCCUGGACACAGCGCAUCUUGAUUUGUCUUCCAACCAGCUGGAGACAGUAAACGAGUCAGUGUUGGCAGGGCCUGGCUACACCACACUGGCUGGCCUGGAUCUCAGCCACAACUUACUCACCAGCAUCUCGCCCACUGCCUUCUCCCGGCUUCGCUACCUGGAGUCCCUGGACCUAAGUCACAAUGGCCUGACAGCCCUGCCAGCCAAGAGCUUCACCAGCUCCCCACUGAGUGACGUGAACCUCAGCCACAACCGGCUCCAGGAGGUCUCUGUGUCUGCCUUCACCACCCACAACCAGGCCCGGCCACUGCACGUGGACCUCUCUCAUAACCUCAUUCAUCGCCUGGUCCCCCAGUCCUCAGGAGCUGGUCUGCCCACACCCACCAUUCAGAGUCUGAACCUGGCCUGGAACCGCCUUCGUGCUGUGCCCGAUCUUCGAGACCUGCCCCUGCGCUACCUGAGCCUGGAUGGGAACCCCCUGGCAGCCAUUGGCCCUGGUGCCUUCACGGGGCUGGCAGGCCUUACCCAUCUGUCACUGGCCAGCCUACAAGGUUUGCCCCAGCUGGCACCCCAUGGCUUCCGUCAGCUGCCUGGCUUGCAGGUCCUGGACCUGUCGGGCAACCCCAAACUUAAGUGGGCAGGAACUGAGGUGUUUUCUGGCCUGGGCUCACUGCAGGAGCUGGACCUGUCAGGCACAGGACUGGUGCCCCUACCUGAGGUGCUGUUGCAUCACCUCCCGGCACUGCAGAGUGUCAGCGUGGGACAAGGCACACAGUGCCGGCGCCUGGUGCGGGAGGGUGCCUAUCCUCGACGGCCUGGCUCCAGCUCCAAGGUGGCCCUGCACUGUGGAGACACCCAGGAAUCUGUUGCCAGGGCCUCAGACAUUUUGUGACGAAUGAUAAGGCCCAGGGCUACAUGACAGACUGCUGCCCUGGGCUCACUCAGGUCCCACAUAACUUAUGUUGUAAUGUGCCAAUGCCAGCAGGGAGUCUGUAGGCCUAUGUGUUGGCAUCACUGUGGAGCUGUGGGCCUACCCAGGGCUUUGUGUCUGGGCCGACACCUAGGAAUAAAGCCUGUCCCUUUGUCUCCAUUGCCCCUGCAAUCCAUAAGCAGAGGGACAUCAGUGUCAAGCCAGAUGCUGGUUCCUAUCUGCUGCCACUUUUCACUUGUCCCUCAAGUGCCUUCCCUCUUGCCUGGGCUGACCUGACCCAUGGCUGGAGGAGGGUGGGUGGGAGCCACCACUGCAGGGCAAACUCAGGUCCAGUGGGCUGAGUGUCCCCUUGACCCAUGGUCUGGUCUCAUAGGGGCAGCAGACCCUUUUACAACUUCCCUUUGCUUUGGAGCCCUAGGUAGAACUUUAAUUGUUGAAGGGACUAAAGAGAAAACUAAGUCCACCUCGUUAUGGGACAGAUGGGAAAAUGAGGUGUAGAGAAGGAGACUAACCUAAGGUUCCCCUGGGUGGAAGCUUGGCCAGAACCCAGCUUCCUGCCUCCUGCCUGGGCCCCCUGCACUUCCUGUCUUCUCUAAAUCAUCCCUUUCCUGGGCCUCCCCUUGCUGUUGCUGGCAUCUCAGCAGCAGGAACAAGACAGAUUAAGGGCCUCAGAGGUGGGAGCAUGGGCCCACUGCCAGCUGUGUGGCACGAGCAAGGUCAGUUCACCUUUUGGAGCCCUGAGAGCUUGGGGCAUGACGACCGAUACUUUCUCCUUGGAGGUGAGGUCUCCAAGAAUCAAGGCUGGAAAGAUGCCUAUUUCCCUGGGGAUGCUCCCCUACAGAGCUGAUGCUGUGCUAGAGUGCCAUCCAGUCAUGGGCUCCAAGGCACCACCUUGACUUGGUCCCCAUAGGCCUGAGCCCAGCAGAGCCCUUGAGUUCCCCUCACCCGCAUCGGCAGGGUCUGUCUCCCCCACAUUUCUGCUCUACCCCAGGGUAACAUCUCAGCUUCCUAACCCUGGAUUUUUCCUUUGUGUUCAUUUUAUAAAGAAUUGUUGCCUUUUUAAAUGAAUUGUUGCUUUCAGUCCCCACCCCGCUACCUCUGCUGGCAGGGAAUGGAAAUAUCAUUUAUAAAACAGGAAGAGCUGCAUUUGUUCACUUUUAUAAUACUGUGUUCUGGACAUGUAUUGGCCUUGGGUGGAAGCCAGCCACCUGUGGUUAUGUGGGCAUCAGGCUGGUCCCACAGACAUACCCACAGACAGCCCGAGCUCUUUCUCCACCAGCCCAACCUGAUGGUCCUUGUUUUAAUAAAUGCUAUAAAGACUUUU